AUGGAGAAUAUCACCACAGUGACUGAGUUUCUUCUACUUGGUCUGACCAGUGAUCAGAGGCUGCAGCCCAGCUUUUUUGUGCUGUUUUUAAUUAUUUACCUGAUUAGCCUGGUUGGAAAUGGAAUUAUAUUAGGCAUCAUUAUAUUGGAACCAAAACUCCAUUCCCCUAUGUAUUUUUUUCUGGGAAAUCUGUCUUGUCUGGAUAUUUGCUAUUCUUCUGUGACACUUCCCAAAGUACUUACAAACCUCUUGUCCAUUUGUAGGACAAUAUCUUUCCUGGGCUGCAUCACUCAGCUACACUUUUUCCACUUUUUGGGAUGCACUGAGGCUGUUUUGCUGGCCAUCAUGGCAUUUGAUCGCUUUGUGGCCAUCUGCAACCCACUUCGCUACUCUGUCAUCAUGAGCCCCUUGCUGUGUGCUAUGGUGGCAGCUGUGGCCUGGAUCAUCGGCUUCUUCUAUGCUCUGAUGCAUUCUGUUACGACAGCUCACUUAAGAUUUUGCCACUCUCAGAACCUCAAUCACUUUUUUUGUGAUGUCAAACCCCUCUUGGAGUUGGCAUGUGGCAACACACUACUCAACCAGUGGCUUCUUUCCAUUGUCACAGGAAGCCUGUCCAUGGGUCCGUUCUUGAUCACCCUUCUGUCCUACUUCUACAUUCUUGGCUUCCUUCUCUUCAAAUACCAUUCCCUCAGAGUGCUCCGCAAGGCACUAUCCACUUGUGCCUCCCAUUUCAUGGUAAUGUGCCUUUUCUAUGGCCCUGUGGGGUUUACCUACAUUCGUCCUGCCUCAGCUACCUCCAUGCAUGAGGACCGGGUGGUGGCCGUCAUAUACAGUGCCAUCACCCCAGUGCUGAACCCCCUGAUAUACACUCUCAGGAAUAAGCAGGUGAUGCUGGCUAUCAGGAAAAUCUUGCAGAGGAAGAUGUAUAAAGACUGA